CAGGUUCUUUAUUUAUUCAUUUAUUUUUUUUUUUUCCAUAUUUUCUUUGAUUUAUACUGACGCCAUUGAAGAAAAGCUGGGAGGAGUUUCAAUCUUCGGAUCUCGAAUCACAAACCUAGGAUUUUGUUCAAGAGCAUUCAAGGUGUGCGAUCCGAUCAGAUUUGAGUUUAGUGACAAAGAUGGGAAGGAAUGGCCAUUUGCGUCCUGAUGCGUCUUGAUUGUCUGAUGAUGGAAUGCUGAUUUUUUAUAAUAUUGGUGGUGGAGAAGUAUGAAUAUUGUUAGGGGCGUUGCUGACCUUAUUCGAAGGACUUCCAGUAGCCAAACUGGAGAGUCUGCUUCUGGGUCUCAAGGCCUGAGGUUGUCUCCUCCUGGUCCGAAGAUUCGCUUCAGUGAAAUUGGAGAUGAGGCAGUUCUUAAAACACUUUGGGAUAGAUAUGAGAAAGCUACUGAAAAGGUGGACAAGAGGAGGUUAUUUCUUGUUUUUCUCAAGCAUUUUCUUGUUGUAUACAAGAACUGGGAACCAGAAAAUUUUGGCCAAUUACCAGAGGUUGCUUCAGUUACUAUACAAUCUACAGAGAAUUCACUAUAUUCUGAUGAUGUAAUCAUUGGCUGCUUUGCUGGUCAUCCUGCUGAAAUUAUUUUGACACUGGUUGAAGAGGUUACACAAAUAACUGCUUUGGUCACCGAAUUAAAUGCAAGUACAAUGCGAUCAACAACAGACUUGCCCAGUCCCUCCACAAGCUUGAAUAUCACUGCUGAAGGGUUUCCUGUCUUGGAUGCUCUGACUAUAAUUACCCGUUCAUUGCAUAAUUGCAGAGUUUUUGGAUAUUACGGUGGGAUUCAAAAGCUUACAGCAUUGAUGAAAGGGGCUGUCAUCCAACUGAAAACAAUAAAUGGUUCACUUUCUGCUGAUGAAAAUUUAUCUAACUUUACCAUGGAGAAGACUUCACUCCUGCAACAAAUACUUGUAUAUGUGGUGUCUAUAAUAUGCAGUUUCAUUGAUUUAAAUUCAAAUGUAUGUCAGAAUGCUCAGCUGUACAAUAAAACUAUAGGCUAUGUUUCUGGGGAUGUUGCAUCCCCAGUUGGCUCUUCUAGCAGUUUGAAAGCUCCUUAUUGUGAAACAAGUUUCCACUGGCAUCAAAAGGCAGUUGUGUCAGUGAUGGAAGCUGGUGGUCUUAAUUGGUUAGUAGAACUGUUGCGUGUGAUCAGAAGAUUAAGCAUGAAAGAACAGUGGACAGAUGUAUCACUUCAUUAUUUGACUUUAAGAGUUCUUCUCUUGGCAUUAUCUGAGAAUCCUCGUGGACAAAAUCAUUUUAAAAGCAUAGGAGGACUUGAAGUUUUGUUGGAUGGUCUUGGUGUGUCAUCAAACAAUGGCCAGUUAUUGAAAAACUCUGCUUGUGCUGUUGAUAAAGGAGAUGAGAACCCCUUGCCGAAAGUUUUCCAGCUUCAUGUUCUUUCACUGGAAGUUCUGAGAGAGGCUAUCUUUGCAAAUAUGAACAACUUGCAAUUUCUGUGUGAAAACGGAAGAGUUCAAAAAUUUGCAAAUAGCUUUUGUUCUCCUGCUUUCAUGCUUCAAGAGUAUAAACAGUGGACCAAGAAUAAGUCAGGGAAGAUUGAUUUUCAAUUGGAUAUAUUUGACCUUGAAAGUGAGAAAAAGGUUAAAGAUCAAUUGGCACAGCCUUCUGUUGCACUUCAUGCGAAUGAUUUUUAUUUUCAAAAUUGGAACGAUUAUGUUUCUAAGUUGAGCAGUGUACUUUGUUCUUUCCUCCUUGCUCCAGAAGAUAUUAAGUCCCAUAAUAUCCAAAUAUCUGCUGGUCGAAUUUCCAUGCCAGUUUCUUCGUUGUAUAUUGAACUUUCAAUCAAAUGGUUCAUGAGGGUUCUUCUUACAGUUUUCCCCUGCCUUAAAGCUUGUUCAAAUCAAAAUGAAUUGCCAAUCCAUUUGAGGGUCUUUGUCAAUACUUUGCAGCAUUGUCUUCUAAGUACAUUCAGGAGGGUUCUUAUUACAUCCCCUUUAUCAUUAGAAGUUUUUCAAGAAGAGGGGAUAUGGGACCUUAUCUUCUCGGAGAACUUUUUCUAUUUUGGACCUGCUUCUGAGGACAUUUCUGGAGAUUGUCGCACAUCUAAAUCAAAGAACUUUGGGUUUGAAAUUCUACAAAGGGAAGUAAUUUCAUUUGUGGAGUUUGCAGCAACUUCUAGUGAAAGCAUACAUAACUUGCCUGAAUUGUCUGUUCUGUUAGAUGCCCUUGAACAAUCUGCUUGCAAUCCUGAAGUUGCUGAUGUUCUUAUAAAUAGUCUGGUUCGGAUAUUAGAGCUUUCUCCUGAGAAAACUAUUGCUUCUUUUAAAACACUUGAGGCAGUUCCUCGGGUGCUUAAAGUUGCUUGUAUUCAAGCCGAAGAAUCUAGAAGAUUUGAUUCACUUGAGACAGCUCAAAAUUGGCUCAGAUGCAUGGAAACAUCUAUGGGGCUGUUUAUGAAAUUUUUCUCAAUAGCAGAUGAUGCUAGGAGUUUGGUUUUGCAUAGCUCUGCAUGCAUUGAUUGUUUGUUUGAUUUGUUCUGGGAAGAAAGUUUGAGAAAUCACGUGCUCAAGCAUAUACUUGACCUCAUGAAGACUGUGCCAUCAUCUGAGGAAGACAAAAGAGCAAAGUUGCAAUUAUGCUCUAAAUACUUGGAACUGUUCACUCAUAUAAAGGAACGAGAAAAGAGCUUUGCAGAACUGUCUAUUGAUUUGCUGGUUGGAAUGAGAGAUAUGCUCCUGACUGAUCCUGUGUACUAUCAGGCUUUGUUUCGUGACGGAGAGUGCUUUUUGCAUGUUGUCUCUUUACUGAACAGUAACCUUGAUGAAGAAAAUGGAGAAAAAUUGGUUUUGAGUGUCCUUCAAACCCUUACAUGUUUGCUUGCAAAUAAUGAUGCCUCAAAGGCUGCAUUUAGGGCUCUUGCUGGCAAGGGGUAUCAGGCAUUGCAAAGCUUGUUGUUGGACUUUUGCCAGUCACAUCCAAGUGACAGGCUCUUAAAUGCGCUGCUAGAUAUGCUUGUAGAUGGAAAGUUUGAUGUAAAAGCAAGCCCUAUAAUAAAGAAUGAAGAUGUGAUCAUACUUUAUCUGAGCAUUCUGCAGAAGAGCAGUGAGUCAUUACAACAACAUGGGCUUGAUGUGUUUCAACAAUUACUGAGGGAUUCCAUUUCCAAUCGAGCAUCAAGUGUGAGAUCAGGAAUGCUUAAUUUUCUGCUUGAUUGGUUUUCUCAAGCCAAGAGUGACUGUGUUAUCGUGAAAAUCACCCAAUUAAUUCAAGUUAUUGGUGGGCAUAGCAUAUCUGGGAAGGAUAUUCGCAAAAUCUUUGCUCUCCUCCGAAGUGAGAAAAUUGGGUAUCAGCAAAAGUAUUGUUCACUGUUGUUGUCAACAAUUUUGUCGAUGCUAAAUGAGAAAGGGCCAACUGCCUUCUUUGAUUUCAGCGGGAAUGAUUCUGGGAUCAUUAUAAAGACACCCGUUCAAUGGCCUCUUAGUAAGGGUUUUACUUUUUCCUGUUGGCUUAGGGUGGAGAUUUUCCCUAGAACUGGAACAAUGGGUCUUUUCAGUUUUCUGACAGAAAAUGGAAGAGGGUGCUUGGCUGUGCUUGCAACGGAUAAGCUGAUUUAUGAAUCAGUAAAUCUGAGGCGACAGUGUGUUCAACUACCAAUUAAUAUAAUUAGAAUGAAAUGGCAUUUCCUGUGUAUAACUCACAGCAUUGGAAGAGCAUUUUCUGGGGGUAGUUUAUUGAGGUGUUUUUUAGAUGGUAAUCUUGUUUCUUCAGAAAGAUGCAGAUAUGCAAAAGUUAAUGAUUUAUUAACUAGUUGUACAAUUGGUGCAAAAGUUAAUAUGGCUCUGUGCGAAGAUGAUGCUCUUCUGGAGUCCAUAAAAGACUCAUCUCCUUUCCACGGUCAGAUAGGUCCUGUGUAUUUAUUAAACGAUGCUAUUACUCCCGAGCAAGUCCAGGGUAUCUAUUCUCUUGGGCCAAGCUACAUGUAUUCGUUCCUUGAUAAUGACGCUGCACCUUCUAAUGAUAACCUGGUGCCUAGUGGAAUUCUUGAUGUUAAAGAUGGUCUUUCAUCCAGAAUCGUAUUUGGUCUUAAUGCACAGGCAAGUGAUGGCAAAAUAUUGUUUAAUGUUGCACCGGUGCUAGAUCAUGUAUCAGAUAGGAAUUUAUUUGAAGCAACUGUGAUGGCUGGCACACAAUUAUGCUCAAGAAGAUUACUGCAAGAGAUAAUUUACUGUGUUGGGGGUGUUUCAGUGUUUUUCCCUCUUAUCACUCAGUCUGACAAAUGUGAAAAUGAAGAAUGUGGACAAUUUGAAGAGACAUGGCUUAUGCCUAUCACAAGAGAGCGUGUGACUGCUGAAGUUGUUGAGCUUAUAGCUUCUGUUCUUGAUGACAAUUUAGCCAAUCAACAACAGAUGCAUCUCCAAUCUGGAUUUUCAAUUCUGGGAUUUUUAUUGCAAGCUGUUCCACCACAACAACUUAAUUUAGAAACGCUUUCAGCUUUGAAGCAUCUGUUUAAUGUUGUUUCCAACUGCGGCUUGGCAGAACUGCUUGUUCAAGAUGCUAUGUCUAGCAUAUUUCUUAAUCCUCUCAUCUGGCUCUACACAGUGUAUAAGGUGCAGCGUGAAUUGUUUAUGUUUCUCAUCCAGCAGUUUGAUAAUGAUCCAAGGUUGCUUAAAAGUCUAUGUCGGCUCCCACGUGUUCUUGAUAUCAUACGCAAAUUUUAUUGGGAUAAUGAAGCAUCCCGAUCUGCUAUUGGAAGAAAACCUCUUCUGCAUCCAGUUACAAAGCAAGUUAUAGGAGAAAGACCUAGUAAUGAAGAAAUACAUAAACUCCGACUUCUACUAUUGAGUCUUGGCGAAAUGAGCCUCAGGCAAAACAUUGCCGCGGCAGAUAUAAAAGCUCUGAUUGCUUUUUUUGAGACAAGUCAGGACAUGUCAUGCAUUGAAGAUGUUUUACACAUGAUUAUUAGAGCUGUUUCUCAAAAACAGUUGCUUGCAGCUUUCCUUGAACAAGUUAAUUCGAUUGGUGGCUGUCACAUCUUUGUCAAUCUUCUUCAGAGGGAAUUUGAGCCUAUUAGAUUACUAAGCUUGCAGUUCCUUGGAAGACUGUUGGUUGGUUUUCCAUCAGAGAAGAAGGGGCCAAGAUUUUUUAAUAUUGCUGUUGGAAGAUCCCGGUCUCUUUCAGAAAGCCAUAAGAAAAUCAGUUUGAGGAUGCAACCAAUUUUCUCAGCCAUGGCUGAUAGACUAUUCAGGUUUCCACAGACAGACAAUUUGUGUGCCACUUUGUUCGAUGUUCUUCUUGGUGGUGCUAGUCCUAAACAGGUGUUACAGAAACACAACCAAGUUAAUCGGCAGAAAAGCAAGGGGCAUCAUUCUCAUUUUUUCCUUCCUCAGAUUUUGGUUCUCAUUUUCAGAUUCUUGUCUGGCUCUACGGAUGUGUCUGCAAGAAUGAAAAUUAUCGGGGAUCUUCUUGAUCUUCUUGAUUCGAAUCCUUCAAAUAUUGAAGCUUUUAUGGAAUUUGGUUGGAGUGCUUGGUUAACUGCUUCUAUAAAGCUUGAUGUGUUAAAAAACUACAAAAGUGAUUCUCAAUAUCAAGACAACAAUGAGAUAAAUGAGCUGACUUCUGUGAGGAAUGUAUUUACUGUUGUCCUUUGUCAUUACAUGCAUUCUGUUAAAGGUGGUUGGCAACAGCUGGAAGAGACUGUGAAUUUCUUACUUAUGCACUGUGAGCAAGGCGACAUAUCUUGUCAUUUGCUUCGUGCUCUUUAUGAGGAUUUAGUUAGGGCACUGGUGGAAUUGUCUUCUGAAGAAAACAUUUUUAUUUCACAACCAUGUCGGGAUAAUACACUAUACCUUUUAAGGCUGGUCGAUGAGAUGCUUAGCUCUGAAGUUGACCGUAAACUUCCGUUUCCGGCAAGUAGCUCUGAAUUUUCUAUCGAUUCCUUGGAAUUAGAACGCCAUAAAGAUUAUGCCUCUGCCUUAUAUGAACUUCUGCAAGGAGAAUCGGACAACGAGAUAUCCAGGAGUUGCAAACGGCCAAGCAUGGAUGAAGAUGACAUACAUAAUGACAGGUGGUGGAACUUAUAUGACAGCUUAUGGAUAAUUAUAAGUGUGAUGAAUGGUAAGGGACCGAGCAAAAUGUCACCAAAAUUAUCAUCAUCGACCGGUCCAUCGUUUGGCCAGAGAGCACGUGGCUUAGUAGAGUCCUUGAACAUUCCUGCGGCAGAGGUGGCUGCAGUGGUUGUAUCUGGAGGGAUAGGAAGUGCCUUGGGCGGAAAACCAAACAAAAGUGUAGAUAAGGCCAUGCUUCUGCGAGGUGAGAGAUUCCCAAGAAUAAUUUUUCGACUUGUAAUCCUAUACCUCUGCAGAUCUUCUCUAGAAAGAGCAUCACGAUGUGUUCAACAAAUCAUUUCGCUUUUACCUUGUUUGUUGGCUGCUGAUGAUGAGCAGUCCAAGAGCAGAUUGCAGCUGUUCAUUUGGGCUUUGCUUCAUGUUAGAUCGCAGUAUGGAAUGUUAAAUGAUGGAGCUCGUUUUCAUGUUGUAUCUCACUUGAUUCGAGAAACUGUCAACUGUGGCAAAUCGGUGCUUGCUACUAGCAUUGUGGGCAGAGAUGACACAGAUUCAGGUGGCAAUUUGAAAGAUGCUGGAUCUGUUCACAAUAUAAUUCAGAAGGACCGGGUGCUUGCAGCAGUUGCUGAUGAGGCUAAAUAUAUAAAGACAUUAAAGACGGACCGUACCAGACAGUUGCAUGAGCUCAGCACUAGGAUGGAUGAAAAUUCUUCUGCUGAAUCUAAUAACAAGAAUGCUUUUGAAGUUGAGAUACAAAGUAGCUUGAACUCCAUUCUUGCCUCAGAUGAAAACAGAAGAGCUGCUUUCCAGCUAGCUUAUGAAGAGGAACAACAAAAUAUUGCUGAAAAGUGGAUACACUUAUUUCGCACUUUGAUUGAUGAGAGAGGUCCAUGGUCUGCUAACCCUUUCCCAAAUGGUGCUAUAAGGCACUGGAAACUUGAUAAGACAGAAGAUGCUUGGCGCCGUAGACAAAAGUUGAGGCAGAAUUAUCAUUUUGAUGAAAAGCUUUGCCAUCCUCCAUCCUGUACGGUUAGCAGUGAGGUUACACCCACUCUAAAUGAAAGUAAAUCUGGUUUUGUGGGGCAUAUUCCAGAGCAAAUGAAGCAGUUUUUGCUGAAAGGUGUAAGGAGGAUAACCGAUGAGGUGAGCUCAGAACCCAACGAAAAUGAUAUUGAAUUUUGUGGCCAGAAGACUUCCAUUCCAACGGAUCCUUUAGACAGUCAGCGCCCAGAGCUAGUUAAAGACACCAGUGAUUGGGGGCAGGAGAGAAAUGACUGUUCUUCAAGUUCACUAGAUACGGAAACCAGCGAGGUUCUUACAACAGUUCCAUGUGUUCUUGUAACCCCAAAAAGAAAAUUAGCUGGUCAUUUGGCAGUCAUGAAGAAUGUAUUGCAUUUCUUUGGCGAGUUUUUGGUUGAAGGUACUGGAGGAUCAUCUGUUUUCAAGAACUUCCAGGCUUCAAGCAUUUCUGACCUGACAAAGCCUGACCAAAAGCGUAAAACAUUGAAAUUGCCUAUAUAUCUGGACGUGGUAGAUUCUGAGGAGGGUACCACAAUAGAUAAUUUUGAGGCCUUGAAUGAAUAUGUGCUUAAGAAAAGGCAGUUAAAAAGUAUCAAACGCCAUCGGAGAUGGAAUAUUGGCAAGGUAAAAGCUGUCCAUUGGACUCGCUACUUGUUAAGAUACAGUGCAAUAGAGAUUUUCUUCAGUAAUUCAGUUGCCCCCAUAUUUUUGAAUUUUGCAUCACAGAAGGAUGCAAAAGAUAUUGGAAACUUGAUAGUUUCUACCAGAAAUGAAUAUUUGUUUCCUAAAGGAAGUGGUAAGGACAAGAGUGGAGUUAUUUCAUUUGUUGAUAGGCGUGUAGCAUUGGAGAUGGCAGAAGCUGCCCGAGAGAGCUGGAGGAGAAGAGAUAUAACAAACUUUGAGUAUUUAAUGAUUCUCAAUACACUAGCAGGGAGAUCUUACAAUGACCUAACGCAAUAUCCUGUCUUUCCUUGGAUCUUGGCUGAUUACUCCUCAGAGGUUCUUGAUUUUAACAAGUCCUCAACAUUUCGAGAUCUUUCAAAACCAGUUGGAGCACUGGAUUUGAAAAGAUUUGAGAUGUUUGAAGAUAGAUAUCGUAAUUUUUGUGAUCCCGAUAUACCUAGUUUCUACUAUGGGUCUCAUUACUCAAGCAUGGGAAUUGUGCUUUAUUACCUACUUAGAUUGGAGCCAUUUACUUCUCUUCACCGGAAUUUGCAGGGUGGCAAAUUUGACCAUGCAGAUCGUCUCUUUCAAAGCAUUGAGAGUACUUAUCGGAAUUGCCUUUCUAACACAAGCGAUGUGAAAGAGUUAAUACCCGAGUUCUUUUACAUGCCAGAAUUCCUUGUCAAUUCAAACGCUUAUCACAUAGGAGUAAAACAAGAUGGUGAGCUUAUUGGUGAUGUUGGUCUCCCUCCCUGGGCCAAGGGCUCACCUGAAGAGUUUAUUACUAGAAAUAGAGAGGCCCUUGAAAGUGAGUAUGUUAGCUCAAAUCUUCACCACUGGAUAGACUUGGUGUUUGGUUAUAAGCAGCGUGGAAAACCAGCAGUUGAGGCUGCAAAUAUUUUUUAUUAUUUAACUUAUGAAGGCGCUGUUGAUCUAGACACCAUGGAGGAUGAUUUGCAAAGAUCAGCAAUUGAAGAUCAAAUAGCAAAUUUUGGCCAGACACCUAUUCAAAUUUUCCGUAAAAAACACCCAAGAAGAGGACUGCCAAUCCCAAUUGCUCAUCCACUAUACUUCGCCCCUGGUUCUAUCAAUUUGACUUCUAUUAUUUCCAGUACAAACUAUCCGUCGUCAGCUGUAUUAUAUGUUAGUAUAUUAGACUCGAACAUUGUUCUUGUGAACCAGGGAACCACCUUGUCAGUUAAGAUGUGGUUAACAACACAAUUGCAAUCUGGUGGAAAUUUUACCUUCUCUGGAUCUCAGGAUCCAUCUUUUGGUGUUGGUUCUGAUAUUCUUUCUUCUCGUAAAAUUGGGUCUCCUUUGGCCGAAAAUGUUGAACUUGGAGCACAAUGCUUUGCCACAAUGCAAACACCAUCUGAGAGUUUUUUGAUCUCAUGUGGCAAUUGGGAAAACAGCUUUCAGGUUAUAUCCUUAAAUGAUGGCAGAAUGGUGCAAAGCAUCAGGCAUCAUAAGGAUGUGGUCAGCUGUAUUGCAGUGUCAUCUGAUGGAAGCAUACUUGCUACGGGAAGUUUUGACACUACAAUCAUGGUUUGGGAAGUUUUCCGUGGUAGAAAUCUAGAAAAAAGAGUUCGUAGUACACAAGCAGAACUACCUCGUAAAGACUAUGUCAUUGUUGAAACUCCUUUCCAUAUUCUUUGUGGGCACGAUGAUAUAAUUACAUGUUUAUUUGUUAGUGUGGAGCUUGACAUAGUUAUCAGUGGAUCAAAAGAUGGAACUUGUGUUUUCCAUACCUUACGGGAGGGAAGAUAUGUAAGAUCUUUACGUCAUCCAUCUGGCUGUGCAUUAUCUAAGCUUGUUGCCUCUCGCCAUGGGAAGAUUGUGUUUUACGCUGAUGAUGAUCUCAGCUUGCAUUUGUACUCAAUAAAUGGCAAACAUCUGGCUUCUUCUGAAUCUAAUGGACGCCUCAAUUGUGUUGAGCUGAGUCGGUGUGGUGACUUUUUGGUCUGUGCGGGUGACCAUGGGCAGAUAGUUGUACGCUCCAUGCAUUCACUUCAGGUCAUAAAAAAGUACAAUGGAGUUGGAAAAGUAAUAACAUCUCUAACAGUGACCCCAGAAGAAUGCUUCUUAGCUGGGACAAAAGAUGGUUGCCUACUUGUGUAUUCUAUAGAAAAUCCUCAACUCCGCAAAGCAGGAAUUUCUCGAAAUUCAAAAUCGAAAGCUUCUGCCACAAGCUAGAUUAAUGAUUCUGAAUAGACGCUGUGAAGAGUUAAAAGGCUGGAACUGAUCUCAAUGUUGAUUUCAGGAGCAUGUGAUAGAGAAACAAUAAUAUUUGGCUGUCUCUAUCAAUUUCCAUGGUUGUCAGACAGAUUUAGCGUAUAAGACUCAAGGAGUUUGGUGUAGAUGAUGAUAAAGUACAUGCAAGUUCCGUUGGCAAUACCUUUUGAACACUAACAGAAGUGUUUCCUAACUUCCAUUUCAUACUGCUGACACAUACAGAGCACGGGUAAUCCAUCCAAGAGGUGAAUAUUUUCUAAGCAAAGAGAAUGCAAAAGCUGCUUAAUACAAAUUUAAUUACCACAAUCUCUCUCUUUAGGGAUGUAUACAAACAUGUACAUUAUGUUUCUAUUAGGUUAGAUUAGGAAUAUUGUGUAUUAACAUAGAGGAAAUCCAACUUUAGUUUUUCUUUUUCUAGAUGGCUACUUUGCCCUCCGAAUUUCUCGAGGUGGGUUCUAAUUCAAUUUUUUAGAAGUAAUGGUUUUUCUUCUAUUAUAAUCGUGUAUUUAUGCAAUCAUAUUCAUAUUUUCUCUUUGAUUGAUUACCAGUCUAUAACAGUGAGUGAUUAAUGUUGGUUUCUUUAACCUUAAAUGUUCAGCACAUGCCUUGUUUU